GUAUUUGGAGAAUGCAUAUUAGGAUUAGUGUACAAUCUAGGUAAAAGCUUGGUCAAAUGUGAAAAACAAAUUAAAACGGAGAACAUAUUAGAUCAUAUGAAGAACAUAUAGUCUAUUGUAAUCUACAAUAGAUACACCCGAGCGUAUAAUAGGAGAACUCCGCACACGCCAUUCCCACGUAAAAAAGGAAAAAAACAAAAGAAGAGAGUAAAACCCAAACUCCAACCAAAGCGCGUAAACCAACAAAAGUAAAGAAAGAGUGGUUUCAAUAUAAGUCACUUUUAUAGCAUAGUUAAAUAAUUGAAAGAGUAAUAUCAUCCAACCUUUUCCUUUUCUAAUUCCCUUCCCUCCCAAUUUUCUCUCUCAUCUUCCCUCCCUUUCCCCUUUCCUUCCCACCAGAUCUCUCUUACUCUUAGCCCUAAUCAGUAGUUCGGCUGUCAAUUUCACUGUUUCACCUGUGCCUUCAAAAUAUCAGAAAUGACUCCAGCACCACCCGGACCCGCAACGGCGGCACCCGGAAACAAUAAUCAGUUCGGCGAUACGACGUACACUAAGGUGUUCGUCGGAGGAUUAGCGUGGGAAACUCAGAAAGAUACUCUCAGAAAUUAUUUUCAUCAGUUUGGUGAUAUCUUGGAAGCUGUCGUCAUUACUGAUAAGGCUACUGCUAGAUCCAAGGGCUAUGGUUUUGUGACUUUCCGAGAGCCCGAAGCUGCAAUGAGAGCAUGCCUUGAUGCAACUCCAGUGAUUGAUGGAAGAAGGGCCAAUUGUAAUCUUGCUUUUUUGGGUGCUCAAAAAUCUAAACCUUCCACUCCUUCCCACCACUCCACUCAUGGAAUAAGCAGGAAUGUGAAGGGAAUGAACAACAACAAUGGUGGUGAGAGUGGGUAUGGAGGAGCAGCCUUUAUUGGAGCAACAGCAUCCACUACCUUUCCUCAUUAUGCCAUCCAACAAGGGAUUCCUUUAGCUCAUUUCUAUGGGUACCCUCCAUAUUCAUCUGAUUACACUUACCCUGCGGGUUACUAUGGAGUACACGGAGUAGCCAAUCAGUACCAGCUGUAUGGAGCAGCCGGGGCAGCUGUAGGAGGCAUGAUGAACUGCUUCUAUCCUUAUCAACUGCAGUUUGGGGAUCAAGUGAAUACUGCUGGAGGAAAUGCUGCAGCUAAUACCGCUUAUGCAACUGCUGCGGCACAGCCCUAUGGUCUCCACUACCCUCAUCAUGGCCUAUUCCCAUUUUCUUCUGCUACCUCUCCUCAGCAGUAUUACAGUCCUCCCAUGUCUUUUGCUGCGGCCACAAACCCUAUGCAAUCAGUGUGUUUUGCUGUUCCACAGGCAUGACCAUGGCUCUUCAGGCUCCGAUUCCUCGUUGUUAAUGGGACACGCUGCAACUGGUUUAGCUCGUAUCAGCACAAUCCUUCUGCAUGUUAUAAGCCAUAUUUGGCCCAACCAUGGUUCUCUUUUUUCCUUACUCAUGAACCAUCUCCAUCUCCUGCUAGACUCCCUACUCGUGUAGGCAGUUGGCCGAGGUUGAGAAACAUUUGUUGGUCCCCCAUAGGGAUCACACCCCCCCAAAAAAAAAAUUAAUUCAUGCAUUCUCAUUGCAUUUAUCUUCAAGGAGUCUUAAUCAAAGAGAUAAGUCUCCUGAAGUAACCAUCAACCAACUUGGCUAUUUUGGAGAGCGAAGUUGGAUGCAUAUAGAUUGAUCGUACAUUUAGCCUCAGGAAAGGCUAACCGCGUGACAACUACUACCAAGUUUAGCUUCAAUUGUGCCAGUAAUAGUGAAGGCAUAUGGAAGUACAUAGCUCUGUGAUGUAGGGUAUAGCUAUUAGUCACACUAACCUACUUUGAUGUUAACUAACAAGUCUUGCUAUUGAUGAGGUCAUAUGUCAAGGCUACUUGCUCGACGAGUAUGGGGCAUGGGGUGCUCUAUUACUGCUUACCUCUGUAUCAUUUUAGCGAAUAUUCACAUGUGAAAACAUCUAGCAGUGGAGCUUCCCCGUGGUUGGGGAAUCCAUCUUUGAGUCGACAAAAUAUCUUCAUUGUUGGCUCAUGGUGGCUAAAUUUGGAAUUUUAGCCUUAUUUUCACUGUACAUUAUUAUUACCACCACUCAUGGGGAGAUUUUCUUUUAGUUGGUAUUCCCCAUUGAUCAGCAUGUAGCAUUCUAAUACAUCGUUGAACUCUAUUAAUGGUUAAUAGAGUUCAAUAAUGCGACUUCAUAACACAUCCUUCUUCCCCUCUCCUCGACCCAAAAGAAAGGAGGCGCGGAAUGGGAUCCAUCAUUUUUCGUCUCUAAUGUCUAUGAAUGUAGUAGCUCAGUAACUUUCGGUAUCUCCUUUUAAUUCGGUGCUCUUCAUGUAUUUACCUUUGUAGGUUCAUGGUCUCACACCAUCAAUCAGGGAUUGUGGUGUGCUGCUAAGAAUAAGAUUUAUUAAAUGUUAAUCCUUUUUAUUAGUUGUUUAGAUUUGAUAUUCUAAUGUUCUGAAUUACGACAAUAUAAACUGUUAUUAUGUAAUAGUAGAGAAAAAGUUGCUUACUGUCUAACUUUUUUUGAAUUAUGCUGUUAGCUUUAUGUCACGUUUUGUUAUCUAA